AUGGCAGACAAACCCGACCCAACGGUCCUUGUCACAGUUAACAUGAAGAGCAAGCUUGACUUCAGAGACAUGCGUGAUAUCAUCGCCACUGCCCUGAUUCACUACAAAUUACCCCCAGUGGCCGUUCCGAUCUUGCGAGACGAGCUGGUAACAAAGUCCAAAUCAGUCAUCCCAGGCUUUGAUCGCAGCCUGCUGGAAGGAAUAGCCCGAGUCGGAGCAACCUUCGGAUCAGCCAAGUCCAACACCAGCUCUGGCAAGCUGGGAGGUUUCGUCGAGCUCGAAUUCGACGGCAAUAAACGGGACCCGAUCAUUCUCGGACUGACCUGCUUCCACUUCGUUCGUGAUGAUAAGGAUACCACUACAAAGCAAAACAAGUACGAGAACCUGGUCCAAGAAAUCGCCUCGUUGAAGGCAGCAAGUGAGGAAAUUGCCGAAAUAAAUGUUCAUCUCGGCCAUGUGGCUGCUUGUUCCGGAGACCGAUUCUUCGUCAAGGCUGGUGAACACACCAAACACACUUUCAGCGUCAAGAUGGACUGGGCACUCCUCGAUAUCAUACCCGAGCGUCUGGAUCCCAAGGGACAUGAUAACAACCAGCAUGACUUCAAUACUGAAGGGGCAGAGGAUGCACAGCCUACGCAGUUGUGGAUCAAUGGGUCUGUUGGUCCAGCUGGGGGUGUGUACAGUGGUCUACGGACGUAUGUGGUUUCUAUGCCUGUGGCAGUUGGAAAAGAGGAUAAGGAUGGUUGGAUGGUACUGGCCCAAGACAAAUGGUCAUGUGAGCAUACUCUCUUAUCCCGGUUCGAUCACCCGUUCACUAUGCCCGGUAGUACGGGGUCUCUAGUCCAUGACUGGGAUGGUGGUGUUGCUGGUAUGGUUACUGGGAUGCUGCAAUACUCUGGUAUUGCUUUGUUCACUUAUGGUGAUGAUCUGGUGGGGGAUAUCAAGGGGAUGACUGGGGCAAAGGGGGUUUAG